AUGGAGAUAGAGACGAAGGAGAAUAUUUCUCCUUUGCUCGAUGCUACUCGACCUAGCGCGUAUUAUGCACUCGAGGCAGAAACACUAGAUCUGAAGGGGCCUCAGGCUAUGCCCGAAAGCCUUCGUCCUCUGGGACAACUCACGAACGAUGUCGGCGAUGCUGAGAUCAACAAGAAAGAAGAUAUAUCCUCUCAUCUCGAUGCUACUCACCCAGCGCAUAUCAUGCCCUAG